CCCCGGUAGGCCCCACCCCGAACUCACCUGCACCACAGGUAGCAGGAGACCUUCACCUCCUGACCAAAAGAGAGGCCAGUCAGUAGACUUGAAACUCUUUGGUCUAAAGCUGCCCCACCCUGGCGCGGGUUUGCGGGGUACACUGCAGGGAAGCUGAGGGAAGCUAGGGGAAGCUGGGAGAAGCUGGGGGCGACAUGCGCAAUGACUGACCCGGGAACAGCCGCGGCGGCCUAUGUCCAGGCACGUGGGGGACCACCCUCUUCUCGUCACCGCCGCUCCUUUCGCCGUCUUUUGGGCAGUUUUCUGCGAGUUCUGGGUGUUCUCUCCCGCUCCAGGGGCUCCCCAUCUAGAACCCAGCCUGGCGUGGAGCAGAAUGAUCCUGACCCGGGUAGCAGCGUUAAGGUCUUUGUAGACUCCACCUGGCCAGCCAAAGAGGUUUCCUGGGAGGCUGGAGACGCGCUCCUUCCCCAGCCUCUUCCCAGAGACAAGGCGCGCCCCCCUGGCACGCAGGGCUUGAAGAACCAUGGUAACACCUGCUUCAUGAACGCGGUGGUGCAGUGCCUCAGCAACACAGACUUGCUGGCCGAGUUCUUGGCCCUGGGACACUACCGGGCCCGGCCUGGACGAGCGGAGGUCACGGAGCAGCUGGCGGGGCUGGUGCGGGCCCUCUGGACUCGGGACUACACUCCACACCUCUCUGUGGAAUUCAAGAACACAGUUUCUAAGUAUGGCUCUCAGUUCCAAGGUAAUUUACAACAUGAUGCUCUGGAAUUUCUCCUAUGGCUUUUGGAUCGUGUGCAUGAAGACUUGGACAGUUCAUCUCCUGGACAGAGUUCUGAAAAGUCCCAGCCUGGGCCUAGCAAAAAUUGUCCUUCUCAAAGACAAAGUUUUGUUCAAAAUCACUUUCAAGCCCAAUAUAGGUCUUCGUUGACCUGUCCACACUGCCAAAAACAGAGUAAUACCUUUGAUCCCUUCCUUUGUGUGUCACUACCCAUUCCAUCAUGUCAGACCAGAUCCUUAAAUGUCACAUUGGUCUUCCAGUCCAAGAAUCAGAGGUUCUUGCGGAUUGGUUUGGCAGUGCCACUUUUCAGCACAGUAGCAACCUUGAGAAAGAUGGUAGCAGAAGAAAGCAAAAUCACAGCUAAUGAGGUGGUUUUGGUGGAGUUGUCCCCCAAUGGCUUCCAGCGUUCUUUCUUUGAUGAAGAAGACUUGAAUACCAUUUCAGAAGAAGAUAAUGUGUAUGCUUUCCAAGCAUCCUGGUCACCCAUCUGGGGAGUCCCUGCCACAUUUUCAGAUUGUUCCUCCAGUGUUCACAUCACCAAACACAAAGGCCAAAGUCUUCCACAGAUGGGUGCCUUAUCAACUGAAUCUUGGUCUUCUGGGAAUGGGAGCAAAGUGAUAAUUCUACUCUGUAAUUUGGUAGGGUCAGGACACAAAGCUAAAAGAUUUGGUCCACCUUUACUAUUGAGAGAAGAUAGAGCCAUAUCCUGGGACCAGCUCCGACAACAGGUCUUCAAUAAAAUGAGAUAUCUAAUUAAACAGGAAGUGCCAAUGCAGCAGAGUUUGGGGUCAUUGUUUGCUGUUCGGGUUGUAGGAUUAUCCAACAUCUGCAGCUACUUAUCUCCACAGGACAGCAGGCCCCUCUUUCACUGGGCUGUUGAAAGGUCUUUGAAACUCAGCAAGCCAGGAAGUCCCCCACAUAUCAAGCUGGCAGUAGAAUGGGAUAGGAAUAUCAAACAACUCUUGUUUGGAAAUAUUCAGGAAGAAGUAGUACGAGAUGCCCCAAGUGUUCAGCUCCAACAGCAAGCCCAUCAACAGCCCAGCUGUACCCUAAAUGAAUGCUUUCAGCUAUAUACUAAGGAGGAACAGUUGGCUCCUGACGAUGCAUGGAAAUGUCCCCAUUGCAAAGUCCUCCAACAGGGAAUGGUGAAACUAAGUUUGUGGACAUUGCCUGAUAUUCUCAUAAUUCACCUCAAACGAUUUUGUCAAGUUGGGGGGAGAAGAAACAAGCUCUCCACUCUGGUGAAGUUUCCUCUCUAUGGCCUCAAUAUGGCUCCCCAUGUAGCCAAAAGGAAUUUUGGCCAGGAAUGCCUGAACUCUUGGCCAUCUUGGGAACAGGCAUCUUGCCUACCUAAUAGCUGUUCUUUUGACUUCUUAUAUGAUUUGUAUGCUGUGUGUAAUCACCAUGGCAGUAUGCAAGGUGGACAUUAUACAGCCUACUGCAGAAACUCACUGGAUGGCCAGUGGUACAGCUAUGAUGACAGCACAGUAGAGCCUGUUUUAGAAGAUGAGAUCAGCACCCAAGGAGCCUAUAUUCUAUUUUAUCAGAAAAGGAAUAUCAUUCCUGACUGGUCAGCCAGCAGUUCAAUGAGAGGUUCCAUGAGCUCCUCCAUGUCUGAUCACUGGCUUAUGAGGCUUAGGAGUAACAACAGCAUCCAGAAGAAAAGACUGUCAUCUUGGAGUUCUACAAAUUUUGACUCCCUUUCAAAAAUGCCUGAUUCUCCUGUCUUCUCAGAAGUCUCUACCAAACAGGAAAAAGGGAAGUUUGACUCAAAGCCUUUUGUUCAAGGUGUUCAAGGCAGAAGCGCCAGCAUGAAAGAGCCUGUCACGUCUAAAAGAAACCCACAGGGGACUUUCAAGACCAUGCCCCUUAGAUGGUCUUUGGGAACCAAAGACAGAACAAAACAUCACUCUGUUCAGUUGAUGGAAUAUUUAGAGUCUGGACGAAGACCUAAGUACACUAACCAAUCCAUCAUUCCACUGAUGGUGACUAGUGCUACUAAGGAAGCAAAUCUAUCAGUUUCAGCACCAUCAAACUCAACAGCUUCCACAAAUGAUGAAGGGGAUAGCAAGUGGGCAGAUGGGAAGGUAGAGGCUCCUCUGAGGAGCUCUUCUAGUAAUCAUAAUACUAUUGGCAAUAUUGAUUCUCUAAGAAGAACCAAGAAACCAAAAGAAAGUUUGAGUCAAGAGAUAAGACUACCCCCAAAACUUGACAUUCCUCUAUCUAUGACAAAAUCAGCUGGGAUUGAAGGGCUGCCUCAGGCAAAGAGCCAUAUGAACAAACCAAAUGUCUGUGGGAAAAGCCAAAGGAGUAACAUUUUACCAUGUCCCAAGGAUUUUCUGAACAUCAUACAUUUUUCUGGAACAAACAGAGAAGACCAAAGAGUCUCAACCAAAUCUGAGGCUAAAUCACAGGAAAGAAUUCCUAUGUCAGAACAGCUCCAACAAAGGAGGUUUGCUCUUCUCAAAUCCAUUGUUUUAAAAAAAGAGGUAAAGGAGAAGGAUAACAGUUCAGAGAUCUCUAGAAGUUCUUCCCUCAUCUUCCCAUGGAGCAACAAAUGGAGCAGUAGAGAUAAAGAACAGGGUAAUAACAUGUUUCUCGGCAAGCUUAGAGGAAACCUGACAAAGGACGAGGUAAACCUUUUAGAAAAAGACGUAGGUCAAGUUCAUAGCUCCUUCAGGCUUCCCAGACAAAUCAACUGGUUCCAGAAAGAAGCUGGUAUCUCCCACCCAUCUCGAAGAUGUAUUUCUGAAGGAGACACUUCCAAUGGCACCUUUCAAAGAGCAAAAUACCACACUAUUGCCUUAGGCCAGAAAAAAAAAGUACCUGAGUCCAGUUUGUGAUGAACAUUAGAGUGUUAUGGUACUUUUAUAAAGUAUGAACCAGUUUUGAAAGGAGGUUACUAUGCUAUCAGUACAAUUAUAUCAAAUUAUUGAUUUGAACUCGUCUUCAGGAUGAAGAAGAUUUCAACAAGCAGUUUUAGGUUAGGGGAAAACAUUCUUCAACUUCUUAAGCUUCCAGAAUUCAAAUUCUUCCAUUCUAAGUAGUGCCUUCAUUUCCUCAGACCUCUAGGGAGUUGUAUAGGCUAGCAUAUAGCAUAUAAUCUGACCAUUGACUUUUUUUCUCUUGUUCCAAUAUGUGUACAAUAAUCCUGAGUAUUAAUGUUAGGGAAUAAUUUUAAGAGUGCUACUCUUAAUUUUCUUCUCCUUUUUUGGUAAAUCUUUUGAACAAGAAGGCAUAUCAGGAAAUUCUUGAUCUUUUAAAUGCUUUACUGGGAUAUGAGGCAAAUAAUGAAUGAACUGACAAUGGGGGGCGGCUUGGAGAGAUAACAUUAAAAAAGAGUUUUUAAUAUAUAAAAACUUUAACUAAAUCAUUUAAAUUUAGUUUUUUAAAGCUAUUUUACUACUAGGAAAAAGUUUUACAUUUUUAACAAAAAAAUCUCUGAAUGGUUUUAUUAAAAAGUGUCUAAGGGGAACAUGAGAAGAACUCUUUGGUAUAUUACUUGAGCUGGUAGAUAUUAACCCUUUUUUGUCCUAGAGCAUAUACAUAGUUCAUUUUUCAUAUCUGGCAAGCAUCUGCAUGAAUUCUUUCUGAAAUUUGACAGUGCUUUUACCUAAAAAGCAAGAUUCCAAAUAAUUUCUUCUCUUCCUAAGGUUAUCAAGAUUACAUCAAAUCAUAAAUACAAUGUUAUGUUCAAGGAACCUAUAUUUCGGAGGAUCCUGAGAACUUUCUUGGAUGGCCCAUAAACUAAUGCAGCAAAUUUUCACAGAGCUUCCACACCUUCCAAUGUAGUUUUUCAACACAAACAGAGCAACUGAGUAUUAUCCCAGGAAUUUAGGAGGUUAAUGCAAAAGUCUUAGAGGUAAAUAGGAAAUUUUUUUAAAAUAACACUCAUUAUCUAAAGGGAUCACUAUGCUUAUGCUGUGCAAAUGAGAAUCUUCUCCUUAUACAGACAAUAUGACCACAGCAUGCCUUCGAAAAUUAUUUUCAUUGCAGAGAAGCAAAAGCAAUAUCUUCUUUCAUUGGGUAAGACUGCCUAAUUUUUAUCAGAUUUUAUUUGAAAGCAAAGCAAGCAAGCAAGCAACAAGCUUUUAUUAAGUGCCUACUAUGAGUUAGGUACUGUUAGACUUGGGAAGAAGUCCAGCCUCAAAGUGAAAUGUAUCAAGAUAACUUUUUAAAAAUGUGUUGAUGAUAGCUUUAGAUUUCAGUUUCUUUAUGUCUAAAAUGCUGGGUUUGUUCUAGAUAACAGAACUCACAAGUUAUAAUACAGAUUCUAAUCUCUGCAUCAGCCGUUAGAAGUCUCCUCUAACACACUAUCUUUACUCAGCAGGUGAUGGAUAAAGAAGAAAGGGAUGAAAUAGAGUCAGGAAGUAAAUCUUGAUAAAUUGAAAGAAGAAAGCUGUUUUUUGUUACACAUUGUGAGGCCCGUCUUAAGGACCCAAAUAGGAAAUUCUGCUCCUAGGGUAGAAAAGCUGACAAAAGCCCCUUCUCUAUUCUUCAAAGGCAGAAUCUGAAUAUGCCUUUUAAUAGGCAUUCUUUUUGUAGAAAUUGUACCAAUGUACCAAUGUACCAAUGUAAUAUAAAACAAAUGACAUCAAUUAGCAUUUUUAAAGCUCAGCCUCAAAGAAAAUUAUGUUUCCAAAUUGCAAACUAAGUGCUCAACAGAGAGUGUAUAUCUCUAGUAUUUGGUAAAUUGACUGGCUCAUGGGAUCAUAGAUUUAGAGCUGGAAUAGAGAUAUCUCAUCAAGGGCAAACCAUUUAUUUUAUAGAUGAGGAAACUGAGAUUGAAAGAAGUUAAGUAACUUAUUCAUGAUGAACUAGUAAAAUCUCUGAAUUGAGAUAUGAACUGAUAUGAUAUGAACUGAGAUCUUCUUGACUUUAAGCCUCAUUCUCUGUCCUGAGUCACCUAACUAGUUCCAAGGAAGUAGUAUCAACUAAAGGAGGGGAAAAGGAAUGGAGGGAAAAAAGUGCUUUUAUACAGUCAAUAUUUUAAUGAAUUGGGGAACUUGAGUUUGCCGCCUUCUUUAUCUUUAACAAAGUCCUUUUAUAUUUCUUUAGAUCCUCCCAUUAGCCUCUGGAUUAACAGGGCAACUGUUUACCCUCUUAAGAUAAACCUUUUCUCAUGAAAAUUUGAGCCAGAGAAUUCUUAUGACUUGUCUACCAUAAUUUACAAAUUAUACAUUUAUUCAUUCAAAAAACAUUGAAUAUGGAACAUAUCUGUUUUAAACACUUGGUAAUUGAAGUUGAGAUGUGCAGCUGCCCUUGAGUUGAUAAUCUAUGAAAAGGUAAGACAAACACUUGACUGUAAUAGGAGGCAGAAUGAUAAGUAAUAAUAAAGAGAAGUACAUUUAAUUAAAUGAGAAAUACUGAAAGAAAAGAAAAUGAAGAAAGUAUGGCCUUCAUUGCUGAAGAAGGUGUACCACCUAUAAACUCACCUUUCUAUGACUCAAGCCAGGGCUAGCAGGGAUUGCUGUGUAGAUCUGGUGUUUUGUCAGAUACAUAAUAGAGCUAAAAGAGAACCUAUAUUAGAAAUAAUGGAUUAUGGAGGGAAAGGUAAUUCCAUAGGGGCAUAUACAGGGAGAGGAAGAAGAGUUCUGUAAAGUACAAGUAAGUAAAGUAGGAAGUAUUAUAGCAGUUGUGAUCAAGUCCUUCAUUCUAGAAGACCAUGAUGUUGGGAAGGAUGAGGCCAGGCUGCACAUAACCACCAGCUUUAUUCUUGCCUGAACCAUUUGGGUCCAAUGGCAAGAUACAGAUCAGAACAACUGGAGAUGUCCCUUGGAUGCAAUGGAAGGCCUUAGCCUUUUUAAAGUGAAGAUCUUUGCCAGCUCUCAGUUUGUCUGAGGCAAUGCCUACUCAAUGAUUAAGGCUGGGUAAAAAAACCUUUUUUUACCUGGUCAAAAAAAAAAAUUUUUUUUUGAAUCUGGGAGAAGAAGACAAUCGAGGUUUUUCUGGCCAAAACGGAAACAAUUGCUAUUUACAUUCACUCUGAGUCAUUAGAACCCAAGGUCCACCAAGGGAGACUUGAGCUGGGAUAUAUUGUUGGCCAAUCAGUGAGAGUGCUUUAGAUAAAAGGAGUAGUCCUUAAAAAAAAAAAAAAAAAAUUCAGGGCAGCUAGAUGUAAUA